AUGCGAUUCCUCCCCGUCGCCGUCCUCGCCACCCUAUUUCUUUUCUCUAAUGCCCAGACGACCCAGACGACCACCGACGGAUCCGGUUCGCUGAUCAUCCAGGUUGUUUCGACCAACGCCGCAGGAAUACCAAUCACUACAGCUAUACAAACACUCUCCGCGUCUCCCACACCUGUGUCGUCAACGUCCUCAGAUCCAGUGGGUGUAUUGGGUCCCAAAAACGGCCAACCUGUGUCGCAAACCGGCUCUCCAGGCGCCCCGACUCCCUAUUUCUACACCACCGUGAUUGACGGCCAGACGCAGGUCUUCCUAGCGACAUUCACGCCCACCAGCCCGCAGACGAUCAACUUUACGGCCACCAGCCAGGGCACGAUCCUGCCCUACAGCUCGUGGCUUGCGGUGUAUGGACCUCCAACAGGAUCAGCGCAGAGUUCUGGGAUGGCGCUGCGGCCAGCGUUGGUAGGAUUGGGCAUGACGACGGCAGCGAUGAUCACCUAUUUUCUAUGA